AUGGAGAGGCGCCGGGCGCUUUGCUGCUGGUGGUGCCUGUCGCUGCUGCUGGCGGGGCAGCCGGCGGCCCGGGGGCACCCGCAGCCCUGCCACAUCCUGGCACGGAUCGGGCACACCGUGCGCCUGGGCGCCCUGCUUCCCCGCGCGGGCGAAGCCGAGAGCCGGGCGCGCAACGCCCUGGCCCGCGCCAGCCGCACGGCCACCUCCGCGCUGCCCUACAACCUCAGCCUGGAGGUGGUCCCCGGGGCGCCCCGGCAGAGGGACCCGGCCUCGCUGGCCCGCUGGCUGUGGAGCUGCUCCAGUUGGACUUCGCCGCCGCCUUCCUGGAGAUCCCCUUCGUCAGCAUCCGGGAAGGAGGAAGAGGAGGAGGAGGAGGAGGAAGGCAGAGGGGGACAAAGUGCGAAGACCCCCAUGCCCUUCAGGAGCCGGAACCCCUUCCACCUUCACAUGGACCGGAGCAACGACUUCGAGACGCUCCUGGAGCUGCUGGCUAACAUAUUCCGCUCCAACAAAUGGCGCGAGGUCACCUUGGUGCUGUGCCAGGCCUGGGACGUCCCUGCCUUUGUGGACCUGUGGAGCAGCUACGCCGAGCUGGAGAGGACGGCCGUGGUGGACCUGAGCUUCCUCGAGGAGAAAGAGGCUGCCCGCCUCCUGCGCCGCCACUUGGAGGAGUACCGAGAACUUCCUGGCCCUGCUCUGCUCUUUGGCUGCAAUGCCCACCACUCCCAGCUGGUCUUCCGGACGGCCAGGGACCUCGGGGUGCUCCAGGAGUUCCACUGGGUGCUGGGGCAGCCCCAGAAUGUGGACGAGCUUCGGACGGAAGGGCUGCCCCUGGGGCUCUUAGCCUACGGGGAGGUGGGCAGGCCGUCCCUGGAGCAGUUUGUCCACGACGCGGUGGAGCUGGUUUCGAGGGCCAUUUCCAGGGCCGUUUACGUCCGCCCGGACCUUGCCCUCAUCCAGAACAUGGUGAACUGCAACGACAAGCACACCGUCGCCUCUGAGUCCUCAGGGCGCUACCUCUCCCAGUUUUUAGCCAACACGUCCUUCCGCGGCCAGACGGGGGAGGUCUUCGUGCACAACACGUCCCGCGUCCACACAGAUCGCCACUACAAAGUCUGGAGCCUCCUGAGGGACUCUGUGGGGCAGCCCACCUGGGUGACGGUGGGGACCUGGAAAGGGGGCGAGAUGGAGGUGGAGGAGGGGACGUGGCCCCAGCACCUGCAGCGCAGGAACCAGGCAGAGGGGUUCUGCCGCAUGAAACUGCGCGUGGUGACCUUGGUAGAGCACCCUUUCGUCUUCACCAGGGAGGUGGAUGAAGAAGGCAACUGUCCUGCUGGCCAGCUGUGUCUGGACCCCCGAACCAACGACUCGGCCGUGCUGGACACCCUCUUUGACGAGCUCAACUCCGAGAACGGCUCGGUCCCUGCCGAGUUCAGGAAAUGCUGCUACGGCUACUGCAUUGACCUCCUGGAGAAGUUGGCCGAGGACCUCCCCUUUGACUUUGACCUCUACAUCGUGGGGGACGGGAAGUACGGGGCCUGGAAGAACGGCCGCUGGACAGGGCUGGUGGGGGACCUCCUGAGCGGGACGGCCCACAUGGCAGUGACGUCCUUCAGCAUCAACUCGGCCCGCAGCCAAGUGAUCGACUUCACCAGCCCCUUCUUCUCCACCAGCCUGGGCAUUCUGGUGAGGAUCCGGGACACGGCCUCUCCCAUUGGGGCCUUCAUGUGGCCGCUGCAUUGGACGAUGUGGGUGGGCAUCUUCGUGGCUCUCCACGUGACUGCCCUGUUCCUCACCCUCUACGAGUGGAAGAGCCCCUACGGGAUGACCCCCCACGGGCGCAACCGCAUGAAGAUCUUCUCCUACUCCUCGGCGCUCAACCUCUGCUACGCCAUCCUCUUUGGGCGAACUGUCUCCAGCAAGACCCCCAAGUGCUGGACUGGGCGCUUCCUGAUGAACCUCUGGGCCAUCUUCUGCCUCUUGGUCCUUUCCAGCUACACCGCCAACCUGGCUGCCGUGAUGGUGGGAGAGAAGACCUUCGAGGAGCUGUCUGGGAUUCACGACCCCAAGCUGCACCAUCCGUCACAAGGAUUCCGAUUUGGGACUGUCUGGGAGAGCAGCGCGGAGGAGUAUAUCAAGAAGAGUUUCCCAGACAUGCACGAAUACAUGCGGCGGCUGAGUGUCCCCACGACCCCCGCAGGCAUCAAAAUGCUCAAGACCAACCCUCCAAAGCUGAACGCCUUCAUCAUGGACAAGUCUCUGCUCGAUUACGAGGUGUCCAUCGACUCCGACUGCAAGCUCCUCACCGUCGGGAAACCCUUUGCGAUCGAAGGCUACGGGAUCGGCCUUCCCCAGAACUCGCCCCUAACCUCCAACAUCUCGGAGUUCAUCAGCCGCUACAAAUCGUCCGGCUUCAUGGACCUUCUCCAUGACAAAUGGUACAAGAUGGUCCCCUGUGGAAAGCGGGUCUUUGCUGUCACCGAGACCCUGCAGAUGGGCAUCUACCACUUUUCGGGUCUCUUUGUCCUGCUUUGCAUUGGUCUCUGUGGCUCUUUGCUGACUUCCCUCGGAGAGCACAUCUUCUACCGCCUCAUCUUGCCUCGCAUCAAACGCAAGAAGAAGUUCAACUACUGGCUUCACACCAGCCAGAAAAUCCACCGGGCGCUGAACAUGGGUUUGGAGGAGCAGAGGAACAAAAAGCUGAAUUUGGAGAAAAGGUGCAACAUCCAAAAGAGCCAAGAGGAACCAGAGGUCCCCCUGCCGCCGCCGCCGCCCUCCAACCAGCCAGGCUGGAACAACCUCCGCCGGGCAGCCGUGAAGAAGGAGGACAAGCGCGUCCACUUCAACAUCGAGAACGCCCCGGAGGAGGCUUCGGAUGAGGAGCGAGAGGCCCCCGUCUGGCACUGCAUGAACGGCCAGGAUCCGCAGCAGGGCAGCAAGGAGGACAAAGAGAAGGAGCUGAAGGAGCUGGAGAGCAAGAUCGAGGACAUGCGCGAGCAGCUGCGGGCUGCCCUGGUGCGCAAGAGCGAGCUGAUGGUGGCGCUGGGGCCACCACCCAAGGCACCCCGCCUGCCCCCCGCCCUCAAGGCCUUGAUCAAGGAGAGCAACGAGGACAGGUGAUGCCCAGGGGCGGGGGCCGCCUCUCGCCGGCUGGCAGUGCGGGGCGGCUCCAGCCAGUUGUGGAGACGGACAGCAUGCUCAAGCUCUGGAACACUUUCGGAAAGGCUGCACGAGGACUUCUGCGCUUGAGCGCUGCUGGGAUACAGCUUGGGGUGGCCAGCUGUGGGGGCAAGGAAAAGGUUUGCUCUUGACUCUGCCAUGUUUCCCGGAGUCGUUUUGCAAGAGGGGGCUGCGGCAGGUGGCGUGCCGAGCCUGCACUUUGCAUGCAGACGUUUCCAGGAUCAACUCGCGGCAAUGCCAGUUUUUGUUUUUUUGAAGAUCUCAAGUAGCAAGCGAGUCCCAGGAGAGAGCCGUUAUAUAUAUAUAAGGCUGCUUUGUUCAUACGUUCAGGCCCCGACACACUAGAUCUCACCGCCGCAAGCUGGUUCUCGGUAGGUUCGCCAAGCAGCGGCUGGGCGCAUAGGAACAGGUCUGCAAGGACUUCAAGCAAUCAGUUGGCGCACUCUCCGGCCACCAGGUGCCAUCCCAGUGAAACGUAUAUUGGAAUGGCAGAACAGUCAGGGAAGGGGGAAUGCAGUUGGUCAGCGACAAAACACAGAGUUUUGAAAGGAAGGCAGUCUGAGGUCCAAUCCUUUCCAGCGACACCAGGGCUUGGGAGGGCCGUUGUCUUUGAGCCCCUCCACGUAGGACUCCAACUCCCAGCAUUCCCAGGGCCAGUGGUCAAGGAGGAGGAUGGGAGUUGGAGUCCUGCAACACCAGGAAAGCCGUGGGUGUCCUCAGCAGUGUCAAACGAGAGAUGGGCAAAUGUCUCUGUUCAGAAGAGGCAUUCUUUCCUGGGAGCAGGGAAGGCCUCUUCAGAGGUCAGGGCUGCAGACCAAGAGGCAGGAGUGAUG